GUUUUAUAUAUUUUUUCUGUCUUCUCUCGUAUCUGAUCGAACUCUGCUUGCGGAACGUAUUUUUUUUCUUUCGUUUCUUGUUGAUGACUGCUUUGCUGCGGCACUGCGCCCAAUGAGAGAAAACAUACCUGCACACUAAGGCGGUGUUUGCUGGGUUGACUUCGGGAGCUCAAAUCACGUUGUUGCAUACAAUCGGGUUACCUCACCCCUUUUCUCCGCUCUCCAUCAUAGAAGCUAGCAAAAAUAAAUUUGUUCGAAUUUGUUCAAAUUUCGCGUUUUGGCAUCACUCGACGCUACUUUUGCCUUUAAUCUGUUUUCGCUUUUUUCUCUUUCCUCAGACAUUCGUAUUCCUGUAAUCUGUGUUGGGUGGUGGAGUCGGUGUUCAACGUUCGCUUAGCGCAAUGGCCACAAAGAAGGAGUUCUACGUCGACUUCGAGGUGAAGUUCGGCAAAACGAUCAUCUCGGUUGAGAUGCCCGCCUCAGCCAGUGUGCACGACCUCAAAAAAAAACUGGAAGAGCAGACGCACGUCAGCGCCGAGAAGCAGCGACUGCUGCUGAACCUCCCGGUCAUGAAGGAGAAGCACCGCGACCCGCCGCACGACACGUUGCUGCGUCACCUCUUCCCUGCCGCCCUCGUGGAGCGCUGCGAGCAGCAUGAGGGCCACAUCGCGCAGCACCUCAAGGUGAGUUCGAUGUUGCUGGGUAGCGCGGAGGGGGCCCCGACGGUGAACGUGGCGGCAACGACGGAGAUCUCGCGACUGGUGGCGACAACAGUGGAGCACGACGGCAAGUGGUACCGCUGCUCCUACUCGAGGGGCUACUUGCGCCAGACCGCCUACGUGUGCCGCACGUGCAUCAACGCGGGACGCGCCGAUCCGCAGCACGCCCUGUGUCUCGCGUGCGCGGAGUUCUGCCACGGCGACCACGAGGUGGAGGAAUGGGGGGUGCGUCACUACAUGCGGUGCGACUGUUGCACCGAGAAGUGCUGGCGAUCCCCGACGGCACUGGCAGGCGGCGGUGGCCACAGCACCAGCAGUCCCGAAAAGGCGGCGGAGAAUGGAGUCACAACCACAGCCGAUAGCGCCGACGCGGCUGCAACGAACGCAGCGGAGGUGCACGCCGUGCACACGCGCGACAUCGAGCAGCGCACGAUGCGGAAACGCCCUCGCUCCACCAGCCCGCUGACGCCGAAGCGCUCUCGCGGAAAUUCGCCGAUGAGUGGGAUUCGCAUGACCACGAUUCCUCCGGCGGAGAUGCCUGAGUUAGACCUUCAGCCGACCUCCACUGCCUCCACCGCGAGGUCGUCACACGGACCUGCGGGGGAGGCCAGCUGCACUGUCGUUGGGCUUUCAGUUCAGUCUGCAGCACCGACGGAUGCGUUUCCCUCUGCCCCGCAGCGGGCACUCACCGAUGCCGUGAACACCACACCAGACAAGAAGAGCGCCACAGAGGGUAUCAGCGACGUCAGCGGUGCGAUCGCCGACUCUCCGCCACCGUUGCCGCCAUUGAGCCGCUGCGCCUUCGUCAUCGACAGCAAGACGAAUCGCGCCCCCGUCGAGUCGAUCUUGCCGACCAACCAUCACAACCGCUACCCACGUGACCCGCUGAACUGGUGCUACUGCAAGAUGCUGCACCCCAGCGACGAUCCGGAGUGCGGCGGCAUCGCGUGUUUGCUGUGCGCGAGCUGUUUCUGGAGCACGCACAUUACGAAGCUCUUCACCGGGCAGUACCGGCGGAUGCCGUGCUACGGCGAUGUGCUGGUGGGUGAUACCGUGGCCUUUAAGUGCAACACAUGCAGAACAUACGUGUGUACGCCGUGCCGGUAUCGCUGUCACAAGGACCACGACAUCGCCCCCUGCAGCGUCAUUCCCUCGGCGGAGGAUGGCACCGACAACGGCGCCAUCGCCGGGGCUAAUUUCAGCUGCGGGUGCCGCGGGCUCUGCGCGAUUGCCGAGACGGUGCCGGAGGAGCUUAUCGACGACCCGUCCACCUACACGCUCAUCUCCGACGCGGACGCGAUGGAGCUGAUCAACAACGAUGUUUUCACCGGUUUCCUCUGCGCGCACUGCAUGCAGGAGCACCCCUGGCUCGUCACGGAGGACCCGCUGAAGUGCUAUCACGGCGAUCUGCCCGCACCGGUGCAGACGAGAAAGCCAGUGCUGGGCUGCGGCACGAAGGCGUCGUCGCCAACCCGGACGAUAGACAACGACGACACCGACACAUUCCCAUAUCACGGGAUGCUGAUGCCGGUGAACUCUUUCACACCGGACAUGACCUGCGGCUGUGCGCCGUGCCGCGCCGCCUACGAGAAAUUCGCCCCCCGCGCGCUGGAGGACGCGGCAGAGAUGAUUAUGGAGCUGCACGACCGCUGCGACAACUGCGGCGCGUCCGUGAAGGACCAGCAGGCGUUUAUGUGCCGAACCUGCGAGAUGAACAUGGACGACACAUUUUUCCUCUGCAAAGACUGCAACGCUCUGCGGCAGAUGCUGGUGGCGAACUGCAAUCGGGUGCAGUCGGCGCCGGGUCCGUCGGCUGCGGUCGGCGAUGUGCUGCGCGACACUGCGGAGGCGGAAAAUGCGACCUCACGCCCGCAAGCGACUGCCGCGUCGCAGGAGGUCGUCUCUGCGGAGGUGGAGGCCACACAAGACGGUCACGAAGCGGCCUCCAACGCAGACGGAUACACACACGAUCUAUCACACGAGUUUAUCGAGGACACCUUCGAGGACCUCUACGCACUGUGCGAGAUGCAGAUGCUGCGGACCAUGGACCCGGAGAUGCGUGAGUACGUAACGUCUAACUGGACCCAAGAGGCGACCCAGGCUGAGGUGGCCAACACGCUUUCAAAGACGUUGGGUCAAAUACCCCUCCAGUUCAACGACGAGGAGUUGCGGGAGAUGGCGAGCCUCAACCAACGCAGGAAGCAAUCACAAAACAAGCAGCAGUAA